AUGGGUCUUCUAAAACUCUUGCUCAAAGCGAUUCUCAUCCCAAUCGUUAUCAUCAUUGUCAUUGUUGUUGUUAUUAUCCUUCUCAUCAAGAUGCGCCGUGAUCGCAAGAAGAAAGAAAGAGAACUGGAGAAAUCCUUCCAACCACCCCCUGUACAGCAAUGGGUGCCAUACACCCCGGUCCAGCAACCUGCCCCGGCAUAUUGGACGCUUUCUGUUGGACUGUUCCACUCAACAUCUACACUAUGGUUGGGCACUAUGGUUGGGCUUUUGUAA